AUGUCCGGCGAAGCAGAGUCCGCCAUGGACUACAUGGGCGGCAGCUCCAAGGCCGACCAUCUCUGCGUCCUCGUGCACGGGCUCUGGGGGAACCCGAACCACAUGAGAAACAUCGCCAAAAGCCUCCGUGCCGAGUAUUCCCGCGACGAGCUGUACAUGCUCCUCGCGAAGCGCAACAGCGGCAGCUUCACGUAUGACGGCAUCGAGCGCGGCGGCGAGCGCGUCUGCGCCGAGAUCGAAGAGGAGCUGCGCGCCAUCCAGGCCCGCGGAGGAAAGAUCAGGAAGCUGAGCAUCGUCGGCUACUCCCUCGGCGGUCUGGUAUCCCGCUACGCCGUGGGCCUGCUCUACGCCAAGGGCAUCCUCGAUACGGUCGAGUGCAUGAACUUCACCACCUUUGCCUCGCCGCAUCUCGGUGUCCGCACGCCGCUCAAGGGAUGGCACAACAGCGUGUGGAACGUCGUCGGCGCGCGGAGCCUGUCCAUGUCCGGGAGGCAGCUCUUCACCAUUGACAGCUUCCGCGACACGGGACGGCCGCUGCUGUCCGUCCUUGCCGACCCCUCGUCCAUCUUCAUGCGGGGGAUGCGCAAGUUUAAGAGACAUACAUUGUAUACGAACAUCGUCAACGACCGGAGUGCCGUGUAUUACACGACGGGCAUUUUCAAGACGGACCCCUAUCGUCGGAACAUGGACAACAUCAAGGUCAACUACCUCAAGGGCUGCGAGGGCGUCAUCCUGGAUCCCGCGACGCCAAUCGCACCGCGGCCAAAGGUCUCACAGCCAGCCACGAUAUCAUCUGUAACCGCCACCGCCGUUCGCUGGAUCAAGCGUAUACCGUUCAUGAUUCUCGUCGCGGUCUUCGUGCCGAUCGGCACCAUUGCCUUUCUGUGCAACUCGGUGAUCCAGACCGUGCGCAGCUCCGGGCGGAUCAAGCAGCACGAGACAGGCAAGACGAGCCUCAACAUUGAGGAGUACCGCGUGCCGGUGCUGAUCAAGGAGCUACGCGGAGAGGUCGAGAAUGCGUACGAAGCGCUGAACAGCUCCCAGAACCAGGAGUACCUGGCGACGGAGGACGAGGACGACGACUACGACAUGGGCCCCGAGGAGAGGAGCUUGCUGAGCCGAGAGCGGAGGCUCUCGGUGCCGACGCAGCCCACUCUAGCACUGACGGCGUACCAGUUUGAGAUGAUCCGGUCCCUCGACUCACUCAAUUGGCGCAAGUACCCCGUCUGGAUCCAUAACGACCGCCAUGCGCACGCGGCAAUUAUCGUGCGCAUGGAGAAGAAGACGUUUGACGAGGGCUGGGUGGUGCUCAAGCACUUUGCCUACGACGAGUUUCUGAUAUGA